AUCAUCAUUACACUCAAGGCUUCGAAUUAACAUCUCUUCGUCUUCAUCGAUGGAACGAGUAAGAGAUUUGGCAUCGAAGAAGGCGGCAGUGAUAUUCACGAAGAGCUCGUGUUGCAUGUGUCAUAGCAUUAAGACCCUCUUCUACGAGCUCGGGGCAAGUCCUGCGAUCCAUGAGCUUGAUAAGGACCCACAAGGCCGUGACAUGGAACGGGCCCUCUUCCGGGUAUUCGGGUCCAACCCUGCUGUCCCAGCGGUUUUCGUAGGAGGGAGGUUCGUCGGCUCAGCUAAAGACGUCAUCUCCUUCCACGUGGAUGGCUCCCUCAAGCAGAUGUUAAAGGACUCUAAAGCCAUAUGGUUGUGAGUUGUGACUAGUCAUCAUGCUUCUUACUAUAAUUAAUUCGCCACUAAUUC